AUAUAACAGAAGAUCACUCAAAAGUACCACAAGGGACAUUAUUCAUUCCCUUCUUGCAAUUCCCUCCAAAAAAGCUGUGCGCCUACUAUUUCUACCGACACACACCGGCCAUGGUCGCUCCUCCAUCGCUUGAGAAUGUGCAUUCUUGUGAGAAGUGGUUGCCACGAAGAUUUAUGAGUGCAUGGCGCGUCGCCGGGAUCCUACACGCAGCAGAAGGGUGGGAGGAGCACAAGUGCGGUUACACCAUCACUGAUGUCGACAAAGCAUGGCAAGCUAGUCUUCAGCAUGGCUUUCAAACUCUUGGCUUCCAGGCUCAUGUUUCACAGAAACUGAGUUAGAUUUAUCUCGAUUUACAUAAGCAUGGACAUAUUUGUGAAACUGUGAUACCAUGCAACUGAUGGGACAAUACCUUGUGGGAUGAAUUAUUGUAAAAUUAUGCUCCACACUCUAUUUAGGAGGUUUUAUUUCUGGAUAAGAUCUGUUUAACAUGAUCCAUUUGCUAUAUUCAUCACCAGAAGGCUUGUGCAGAGUUACA